AUGGUGCUUGCAGACCUCGGACCACAGUUCACUGCAGAAGUCUUCAACGCCUUUAAAGACUUGUUUCGUAUACAGUUGAGGCACACAUGUUCGGGCAAUCCCAAAGCCAACUGUUUGAGCGAAAGGAUCAAUUCCUCGAUCAAAUCUUCAGUCAACGCCCUUAUGGCUCAGAACAAGUCUUUUGAAUAUGCUAUAGCAGUCCACAAAGCAAUCUACAAUGCCACCAUGCACUCGACCACUAAAACUCCACCUAAUGUCCUUCACUUUGGGAGGAACUUAUCCUUACUCACAGACACCAUCGACGUAAACAUAGACUUUUCACUCAAUGCAGCAUUCGAGCUGCACAAAAUACUUGACGAGCUCAAGGUUAUUUACGACAGGGCGUACCAGAACACACUGGUGAAGCGAAGAAGACAGAACGCACGCCAAGCCCCUAAGGCAAAGCUUCGCACAUUCCAGAAAGGAGACCUGGUGUAUCUGAAAUCAAAAGACAAAUUUAAACCAUCAUACGGCGGACCCUACUGCAUCUUAAAAAUGAUCUCUAAUGUCGUGGCUGUAAUCCAGAAAUCCAACAUCCCAAACAGCCACAAAUUUAAGGUACACAUUGAUAGAAUCUUGCUGGUCCCUCCUCGGGCACCCCAUCUAUCCAAUAUCAAUGAAACCAACGGCAACCCAUCAAUAACUGCCCCUGCAGCCUCCACACCUCCUCCUCCUUACAAUCCAGUGAAUUCUGCCUCUAAUCUCCCUCUCUCCUCUGCAGAAAAUGACAAUAGCCCGAGCCCUAUCCAAGUUUCUGCUCCUUCAGCAGCUAGAUACAAUUUGCGUCCCCGUGCCUCCAAGCAGCCCAUCUAG